AGUCCAACCAAAGGAGAACCAGGCAGGCCAAUGGCCCCAAACGCCCAAACCCCACCUCCACGCCUCCACCCCACCGUCCUCCUCCUCAUCUCACUCACUCCCUUUUCCUCACGCCCCCUCCCCGCCUCGAGCCCCUCGCUGGCUCGCUCCCAUUCCCAUCUCGCACCACCAACCUUCCGGAUCCAGUGCCGCACGCCUCACUCCCCGUCCCCGACACCCAUGACACGCAAGAGGCGCAAGCACGCCGCCGCCACCGCCGCCUAGGGUUCCGAUCCCUUCCUCAUGGAUUCGCUGCCGCGUAAGCGCAAGGGCGCGCGCGCCGCGUGCUCCAUGGCCGGAUCCCGCCACGAUGCGCCUGCCGCCCGCAAGCGCACCUGCCGCGAGCCCAAGCCGCGGCCCGAGAAGAAGAAGCCCUCUUCCGCCGAUGAGGGCUCCGCCUCCGCCCGCGGCGGCGUGGUGAUGACGGCGCCGCCCGCCAGCGGGCGGGCGGCGCCUGAUAGCCCCGGGCGUGGGCUGAAGCGCAAGCUGGGCUGCAUCGACUCCGCCACUCGGAUGGGGCGGAAGAAGCGGCUCGAGAGCGAGUACGAGCUCGGCGCCGAGAUCGGCCAGGGCAAGUUCGGCUCCGUCCGGAUCUGCCGCGCUAAGGUCGGCGGCGACGAGUUCGCCUGCAAGGAGCUGCCCAAGAACGGCGAGGAGACGGUGCACCGCGAGGUGGAGAUCAUGCAGCACCUCUCGGGCCACCCGGGCGUCGUCACGCUCAGGGCCGUCUUCGAGGAUGCCGACAAGUUUUACCUCGUCAUGGAGCUCUGCAGCGGGGGGAGGUUGCUCGAUGAGAUCGCCAGGGAGGGGAAGUUUUCCGAGCAGCGUGCUGCCAUUGUGAUCAAGGAUCUCAUGGCAGUGCUCAAGUACUGCCACGAGAUGGGUGUUGUGCACAGGGACGUUAAGCCGGAGAAUAUUUUGCUUACCAAGGCUGGGAAAGUGAAGCUUGCUGAUUUCGGACUCGCUGCACGGGUCACUAAUGGUCAGAAAAUGUUUGGUGUUGCUGGGAGCCCUGCAUAUGUGGCACCUGAAGUUCUUUCUGGAAGCUAUUCGGAGAAGGUUGAUAUAUGGGGUGCCGGUGUGCUACUACAUGUACUACUACUUGGUUCACUUCCAUUUCAAGGGGGCUCUCUGGACGCCGUUUUCGAGUCCAUAAAGACACUUGAACUUGAUUUCAGCAGCACCCCAUGGGAAUCAAUAUCAGUUCUUGGACGGGAUCUUAUUGGGCGAAUGCUAAAUCGAGAUGUCUCUUGCAGAAUGACUGCUGAUGAAGUUCUUAGUAGGUCACCCAUGGGUCGUAUUUUACACAGAAUGCCCCCUGAAGGUGGUAGCUGCUAAUUUGUGUCUCCCUAACAAGGUUAUAGCACCCAAAAUUCCAUGGGACAGACACAAAUCAGAAUGUGACUCAGUGUCAGACGCAAGCCAAAGGUCAGAGGAUCAGGAUGAGUGUGGCAUAGUUGACGCAUUGGCGGCAGCAAUAACACGUGUUAGAAUAUCAGAGCCAAAGAGAAGUCGGCUCUGUAGCCCCGCAAUUACCAUUCAGCAGGAAUGCUCGUCAAACUUGAAGAAUAAUCUUUGCACGGCUUUCUGACCUGACCUAGUUUAUAGCACCUGAUCGGAAUGGCGUCCAUUCUUCUCGCUGAGAAGGUCGUUCUGAUUUAGGUGUUGUAGAGGCGAGGAUAAUAACUCAGCUUUUCCAGCCAGCAACAAACGUCUGGUAUUUAGUGUUUCUUUCAGUGUUCCUGAUGAACCCCGCAGUUGUAGCUGCUGUAAAAUUCUGUAAAUAGCAUGGUCCUUUCUCAAGCUGCGCCUGGGUUGCUAAUUUGUGCCACCAAAACCGUUUCACGCAAUGUUCAUAAUUCAUGAUCGAGUUGUGCAAGACCUGUCUUAAUUC